CCAUAAACUCUUGCAGCCUGCUGUUACCCACGCCAACCUCGACCACUCGAUGCUGCGUCUUCGGGCACCGUAGGUAGUUACCAAGUCCCACUGCCUUGCGAAUCUUUAUACCAGCUGCCGAUUGUGUGCCAGCCCGAGGUCUUGUGCACCAGCGCGUGGAGUAAACAAACUGGUUGAAAGUCAAUCGGCCAUGGAGAUACAUUCCGUACUCCCAGAGGAACGUGCAAGAGAUCACAACGGCGACCCCCUACCUUGGGGCUACCGCUAUGCAGAUUCCGCACGGAAUGUUCGUCAACCAGAAGAGAGCGGACCGUUUGGUCGCAAUCGGAGUAUAAGACUGACCAGCUCGCGAACGCCUCGGGCGAGAACGGGUACCACGCCUGUACGGCAGAAGGAGAACACAGCAGUCGCAGAGUUCGGUCGGUUACUCGCCAAAGAUCUGUCAAAAGAGGAAGAAAGGACCAAAACCACUCUUACAUCCUCCACCACCCCAGGCGAUGCAGCAAGGUCAAUAGAGCCAGAAGCAGUACCGACCGAAUGUCUACUCUACGGCUACGCAGGCAAAGCUUCAGAGUGGAAAGUGUUGUCGAAGUUCGAACAAAUAGUCGCACCUGGGUACAUAUGCGAAGACUAUCCCCGCGAAGACUCUCAAUACCUCAUGGCGUCAAAUUCACCGCUUGGCCUCUCAAGAUCCUCAGUCGCGGUACACGAGAACCUCAGUCGAGAAGCGAUCAGAAAAAGCAGGAUAUACAUUGGUGGUCAAAAUUGGAUCAAAGUGACAUUCGACUCCUACCAGGCUGCGGAUCGAGCGUGCUAUUUCAGCCCCAUCGAGAUCGAUGGGCAUCUGGUACACUGCGAAAUGUGGCAAGGUAGAGGUCCCGGAGCAGACGUUCCAGUGCCCGCUGGACCUAAGGGCGCAGACAAAGCAAGUCUUCUGGCAACGGACAGUGGUCGGAAAGCAAGGACAUUGAGUGUCGCGUCGGGAAAAGACUCCGCUCUUGCUGGAUUCGAACGAGCAUUACAGACACUGCCGCGAUCGCACAUCAUGGCGGACGUACAAUACGGACAGCCCACGAAUCCUGAGGACGAAUCUGCGAUAUCUUCCAACACCGCUUCGUCUGCGACGGCUACCGAAAUCACACCCACGCCUUCCUCUGGCCUACGAUCGCGGUCCGUCCCUCAGUUACCCAGCCAGGAGCUGCAGAAAGUGUCCUCGAAUUCAGAAUACAUGACACAUAUCAAAGUCAAGAAAGCUGUGCUGCGGCCAGUGUCGGAAGCACUCCCUCCACAACCCACGUUUGCAGAAAAGAUUUUCAGAAGCAUUCCGAUCGUGACUUGGUUUGUGGGCAGCAAUAAGCAGGGAGCAGCCGGUGGGGAUAUCAUAGGUGAAGGGCCACUGUUGAAGGAAGACGGAACCUGGGACUCAGCUAAUGGCUGGUACUGGUCUUUCUGGCAUUCCGUUGACAAAUGGGCUGGCACAGACUUCUGUGGUUUGACGGAUGAUUGAUCUCGUGGCUGUCGUCUGUUUGUCGGUUUAUCGAUACAAAAGUUGCACGCAGUUGGGGGACUGCGAAUAGCACUGGCGUCUGGAGUU